CUUAGCAUGUUUCAAGACCCAUCCAUUGUCACAGCAUGUGUUAGAAUUUCAUUUCUUUUUAUGGCUGAAUAAUAUUUCACUGUAUGUAUAUACCACAUUUGUUUAUCCAUUCAUCUGUUGAUGGACAUUUGGGUUGUUGCCACCUUUUGGCUAUUGUGAAUAAUGCCACAAUGAACAUUGGUGUACAAGGCUUUGUUUGAGGAGGAUGCAAUUUAGAAACGAUGGCUACUAUUUACUAGGGAGAAGUGGUGGUUCAGUGGCAGAAUUCUUGCUUUCUAUGCAGGAGACCUGGGUUCACUUCCCGCCUGGCCAGCGCACCUCCUGCGCAGCCACUAUCCACAUGUCAUUGGGGGCUUAGGUGUUGCUAUGAUGCUGAACAUGUUUCAGUGGAGCUUCCAGACUAAGGCUGACUGGGAAGAAAGACCUGGCAACCUCCUUCCAAAAAUCAGCCAGUGAAAACCCCAUGGAUCACAACAGUGGAUCCUCAACUCAUCACGGGGAUGGCAUAGGAUCAGGGAGCGUUUAGUUCCAUGUGCAUGGGGGGAGCCAACUCAACGGCAGCCAACAACAACACUGUUUACUAAGUAGUACCUAUCAUGUGCCAGGCACAUUUUAGGCAUUUACAUGUUAUCUCAGUUUAACCUCACAUUUUUAUGAGGUAAAUAUUAUUUGUUUCAUUUAACAGAAGAGGAAAACUGAGGCACAAAGGAUGAGUAACUUGCCCUGUGGUUCCUAGGAAGUAACUGGCAGAGCUAGGAUUCCAACUCAGGUCUCUUUGAGACCAAAGCCACACAUUUGGUCUCUGUCUGAAGAUGCAACUCAACGACUGUUUUGUGAGCGUCUUCUAUAUGCAAGACUCUACGCGAGGUACUGCAGUCCUGGGAUGCACAGAGGACUUCCCAGAGGACCCGUCUCCAGAAGUUUACAGCCCAGGAGCGAACCUUAUGUAAGGUGGGUGCCUCAGUUCAUGAAGCAUUAGUAAUCUGGAAGUGGGAGAUAAGAGAUUCCUGUAUGUGAGAUGUCAGAGGUGGUCUGUGACUCCCUUCGGGGGUAUUAAACUGAGGCUUUGAGGCUUGGAAGCACCUUGUACAAGCUUGAGGGCACAGUUUGCCAUCUGUGACAAUUAGUCCAUCCUUCAUUUCCCGGCCUCGGGGCUGGUGUCCAAGAUGAAAUGGGAAAAUGUAUCAUCUUGAAGGUGUGUAUGCCUGCCUGACUCUGCAUCCAGCCCUCCCUGGCCUGGCCACCUUUCUUCCAGCCCUGCCAUCCUUACUCCAUCCUGGCCCAGCCCUGUCCUUCUCCCAGGCUCUUCCUAGCUCUUUGGCCACCCUACCUCUCUCCUCAACCACCUGCCUUUCCUCUGGUCCCCCGUCCCUUUGCAUCAUUCCUCAGCCCCCUCCCUUCCUCCCUGCCCGCCUCCUGUGUCUCCCAGCCCUGCUCUGACGUGGGAGGUGAGGGGGGGUGGGGGCCGGAUGACUCACAGUGUUAUGAUGCAGCUCCACAACACACAGCCACAUUCACCCACAGACCGAAGCUCAGAACGAGAGACAACCUCUGGCCCCCCAGCAGCAGGUCAACUUUGCAGCCCCUCAUCUUGAACCCACUAACUAUCCUCCCCCACCCCCACCCCCUUCCCAAUUGAAGGAGCAGAAAGAGAAGAGAGAAGAGUGAGCAGAGAGAUUGAGAGAGAGAGAGAGAGAUAGACGGAGAUCUCUGGAGCAGACCUCAAGGUGACUUCCAUUUCUGUCUGGUUCUCGUCUGGGGGGGCCCUGGCCGGGCAGCCCCCCCACAUUUCUCCUGCCCUGAAACACGGCUCUAGCCAACCUGCUCCGCUGCUUCACCUGCAAUCGACUGUGUGGGGGCUGCACAGCGCCAGCCCCUCCAGCCCGCCAGGGCAUCGUCCUCCAGCCGGUCAUGCCCAGCUGUGACCCUGGCCCGGGCCCUGCCUGCCUCCCUGCCAAGACUUUCCGCAGCUACCUGCCCCGCUGCCACCGCACUUACAGCUGCGUCCACUGCCGUGCACAUCUGGCCAAACACGAUGAGCUUAUUUCUAAGUCCUUCCAAGGGAGCCAUGGCCGAGCCUACCUGUUUAACUCCGUGGUCAACGUGGGCUGUGGGCCGGCUGAACAGCGCCUUCUGCUCACGGGGCUCCACUCGGUAGCUGACAUUUUCUGUGAGAGCUGCAAAACCACGCUGGGCUGGAAAUAUGAACAAGCUUUUGAGACAAGCCAGAAGUACAAAGAAGGGAAGUACAUCAUUGAAAUGUCACACAUGGUGAAGGACAACGGCUGGGAUUGAGGGGCUCAGGCAGGCUGUGCCCUUCUUCCACAUGCCCCAUCCUCCCCACACAUGCCCCCUGGCCCUGACAAGCAGUCUAUACCAGCAUGAGUACUGCCCACCCCUGGGGGAAACCUGGCUCCAACCAACCCCUCCCCUGCCCUCGCCUCAUCACUACCAGGCCCCUUUUGGAACAGGGGCUUGGGGUACCCCAGGGGUGUUCAAGGCUCAGGAGUGGGCACCAGUCAGGGAGAGACAAACAGGGGAAAAGCAGUAGCUGUGGGACCCCAAGGUCCUGAAAAUUGAAGCAAUGGCAGGGCAUAGACUCAGGCAGACAGGGCUGUGGGAGGAGUCAGUUUUUGCCCCACCUCUUCUUGAUUGACCACAGGACAAGGUUGGGUCACAGGGCUGGUAGAACCCAGGCCACAGGAGAAUCGCAGAUGAGAAAAGGCUUGGGUUGGAAUGGCAUUUUUGGCCUCAGACACCAGGAGGGAUGACUCUCUGAAGGGAAAGUUUCCCACCCCCAGUCACAAGAGAAAAGACUCGGGGGUGAAAGGAAAAACCCAAAUCCCAGACCCUGGGAAAACAUAAAAGGAUCAGAGGGGUUUCCAUUUCACUCUACUUGUGAGUUUAUCUUGGCACUGAAGAGGCACUUUGGAGUAGCUAACCUUUGCCAUGUGGUGGGGUGGGGUGGGGUAGGGUAAGCUGCCCCUGGAACAGCGCCCAACCCCACCCCCACCCCCAGUUGGCUGUUCCCAGAGUAAGCAGCCUUUGUGGGCAUUCUACGAGGCCCAGCUACUGCUCCUUGGGACCCAGUCCCCUGGAGGGGAGGUGGGAAAUCAGUGCUACGGGGCCGGUCUUUCCCGUGGCUGCCACCAGCGAACGAAACUUUUGUAUGAUACAUAAAGCGUUUGAGUCUAUUUUUAAUAAAAAGGGGAAAAGCAACUGUGAGGAGCUCUGUCCUGACUUUCCUUCCUCGUGCGUGGACCAUACUUUCCCAGUCACACGCCCUUGCCUUGGGGCUUGUCCUUUCACGCCACAAGGGGGCAGCAGAGUUACUUUGUCACGAGACGCCUCCCCCUUGAGCUUUUACAAAACCAGAAAACUGCUGUCUAGUCAAUUCCAACUCAUGGCGACCCCAUGUGUGUCAAGUAGAACUGCACUCCAUAUGGUUUUCAAAAGAUUAGUCAAGAAAACCCUAUGGAGCAGUUCUAUGCUGGUAACACAUGGGUUGCCAUGAGUUAAUCAAUAGCAAGGAAUUUUGGAAUUCUACCGAAGUAGAUCCCCAGGUCUUUCUUCCACAGCACCACUGGGUGGUUCAAAGCACCAACCUUUCGGUUAGCAGCUGAUCAAAGUCUCUUUGCAGCACCCAGGGCCAGUUGAGUUUUUACCAGAUGGGUAUCCAGGUGAUGUUUUGCCUGGUAAGAAGGAUGGGUUUUGUGAGCUGAAGCAUCCAAAACAGCUUGUAUCUUCUGGAACCCUUGACAGUGAAUCAAUUUGUGCCUGGAUCCAGGAUUGGGCAGCUGAUCCCAGAACAGUUUCAUUGCAUCCUGUUACUUUUCAGCUUGGUUCUGUAAUGUUUUGAUCAGCUCCUGGCCACACUUAAGGCUAAUAGAAAAAUCAAUUAGCCAAGGCACUGCUCUGGCAGUUGAUAAGCAAGUGGAACAAAACAGCUCAAAAUUGCAGCGUCAAUGCAACCACAAGCCAAGGGCAUUUUUGGGGGGCAGUGAAGUGAAAGGCCUACUGUUGUUGGGUUCUAGGCACUUACAUGGGAGCCAUACAGUGUAAAAACCAAGCUAUAUAAACUAUAUUAUUAUUUUCAGAUUCGCUCGUUGAUACAAAUAUUUCUAGAAUACCUACUACUUGCCUGGCAUUGUUUUAAGUACUGGGGAACCAAUGGUGAACAAGGCCUGACUUCAAGGAGUUCAUGCUUUAGUGAGGGAGACAAAAUAAUCAGGCAAUUCCAGGUGUUUCCUUGAGCCAAGCCCAUAGAACUCUGAGCAGGGACUUAAAAUUUUGGGAGCUCAAAGGAGAGGAAUCUAGCUUACAUUUGAGGAGUCAAGGAAGGCUUCUCAAAAGUGAUGACUAUGAGGGCACUUGAAAGAUCAGAAGCCGGGUGGACAAAAAGUAGGGUGGGGCUGUGUUUCAGGCAGAGGGAACUACGUGUCGAGGCUGGAGCUUAGUUCACUGGAGGAAGAAACAAAAGCUCCCUAUGGCUUAAGUAUAGGUGUAUAUGGGUGAGGAGAGACAAGAGAUGAAAAAGGAGACAGGCAGUGGCCAGAAACCAUUUAGGGAAUCGAGAUUUCAUCCCUAGGGCAUUGGGGAGAAGCUCUGGUAGCAAAGUGGUUAAGCACUCAGCUGCUAACUGAAAGGCCAGUGGUUUGAACCCACCAGCCCUACUGUGGGAAAAGGUGUAGCAGUCAGCUUCCACAGAAAUUUAUGUCCUUGGAAACCCUACGGGCAGUUCUACUCUGUCCUCUAGGGUCACAGAGUCAGAACCAACUUGACAGCAAUGUGUUUGAAGUUUGGUUGAGGAGUGGUAUCAUCAAAUGGCUGUUUUAUGCCUAGAGAAGAGGCUCAAAUAUAAGUUUUAAUAGACCGUAGAAGGGGCAUUGGGAACACUGUUGUCAAGGUAAACAUGGACAGGCUGUCUGGUGAUAGAAAGGAGGAAUAGAACUGGAAGACAAGAGGAGACAGAAAGGCAAGGAAAGGGAAAAAUACAAGCCAUGGAGGAAUGUCCAGCAUCCCACAUCCUAGAGGCUCAGGGGCAUCUGUCCCAUCCUUCAGCAUCUACAUAUCUGAUGAUGCCCAGAAUCUUCUCAUGGGCUCCAGCAAGGGACCCAGAAACCCUAGCCCUCUCGGCCUCAACUCUGGCCAAAGUUUGGCAAGUCUUCUUAAGCCCUAAGCUGUGCCCUUGGAAAUCAGGCCCAAACUAGCUGCUUUCUUAAAGAAGCUCACCAAAUACGCCCUCCGUCACUUGGUUUUAACAAUUUCUUGUUAAACCAACUAAGUGCUAUAGGAGACAAAGAGAAGUAAAUGGUAUAGUCACUGCUCUCAAGUUCUGUAUUAUCUCCUUUGGAAGAAUCAUUCUAUGGGCUUGGCUCAAAGGAUCACAUUUAAUCUUUAAAGCUUAGAUCCGGCCAUGGACAGUCUUGUCCAAAUCUUGCAUACCCAGACAGGUGCACCCUCAAGAAGCAUCAUCAAGUACCCAAUGACCAAAAAGGCAAGUGGAGUCACUGGAGCAAUGAGGUCUUCUUUCCAUGCCCUGAGAGCCUGGGAAGGAGCUGCAGAUAAGUGGUGCCUUUCCCUGGGGAGCAGUCCCUUAGCCAUUUUCUGGGAGCUCAAAGGAGAGGUAUUUAGCCUAGAUUUGAGUAGUCAAGGAAGGUUUUACAGACAUGAUAACUAUGAAGGCACUUGAAACGAUUAUAGCCAUUUUUCUUUCCUAUGCAUCCUCUUUUCCUCAAGGAGGUCCACUCUGGGCCCAACAGGGAUCCUCCCAACCUCCUUUAUCCACCCUCCAUUUCAGUCUGAGUCUGGGAACUGAUUUCCUCCUUCACCAACAGAUUGCCACUUUCAUCCUUAAAGGCUUGAGAUUUCGGGAAAUACCCUCAUACAACCAGCAGAUGGCAUUCAAAACCUUCCACCCCUCCGAUCAUGCCAUCUCCCAGAAGCAAAACCAGUUGCCAUGAAUUCAUUUCCGAAUCACGGCGAGUCCAUGUGUGUCAGAGUAGAACUGUGCUCCACAGGGUUUUCAUUGGCUGAUUUUAGGGGACUAGAUCACCAGGUUUUUCUUCUGAGGUGCCUCUGGGUGGACUCAAAUCUCCAAACUUUCAGUUAGCAGCCGAGUACAUGUGUUAUCAAUUUGCACCACCCAGGAACUCCCCCAGAAGAGAGAUCCUACUCAAGCCUCUCCGGAUGGGUCUACAAAAAUAUGGGAGAGGUGUCACACUUAGGACAGGAUUGAUUUUAUCUAGACUAUGCAAGUUAAUAGGUGUAUAACCUUGGCCAAACUGCUUAAACCUUUCUGGACCUGUUAUUUUCACCUAUAAAAUGGGUAGAAUACUUGCGAAGUUAUACAGUGUCUAGCAUACACACUGCACAUAUAAGUGGCUCCGUAAAUGUAAGACUACUUACUUACCAAUAGGUUAAGACUACUGAUAGUGGGUUUCCCAAAUCCCCACCAGGGUAGCUGAUUGGUGCCCAGAUGGGAGAGGA